CCCUUCCCCAGACUUAUAUUCCUCCCAAUCCCCAUCGCCCCUCUCCUUCUUCUACAUACUGUUUAACUCUCGAGAUCCCUUGAUAUCCUCGUCCCAUAUCACUUCAGCGCUUCUCUUCUCAACUCGCUCAUACCAACCCAGCAUUCACCAUGGCUUCUCCUCAACAACUCCGCACGGUCACCACCGACCUCCUCAAGAUCAACCACCCGGUUAUGCUUGCUGGUAUGAACGUUGCCGCCGGCCCUGAGCUCGCUGCCGCCGUCACCAAUGCUGGAGGCCUCGGUGUUCUCGGGGGAAUUGGCUACACCCCAGACAUGCUCCGCGAGCAAAUCGCCGAGCUGAAGUCUUUCCUAAAGGACAAGAACGCACCAUUCGGUGUUGACUUGCUCCUCCCCCAGGUUGGUGGCAGUGCCCGCAAGACCAACUACGAUUACACCAAGGGAAAGCUUAACGAGCUCAUUGAAAUCAUUAUCGAGAGUGGCGCGAGGCUCUUCGUCUCAGCCGUCGGUGUCCCACCCAAGCACGUCGUUGACAGGCUCCACGCCGCCGGUAUCCUGUACAUGAACAUGAUCGGACACCCCAAGCACGUUAAGAAGUGCCUCGAGCUCGGCGUUGAUCUCAUCUGCGCGCAAGGUGGUGAGGGUGGUGGCCACACUGGUGAUGUGCCAACCUCUAUCCUCAUCCCCUCUGUUGUCGAGCUCUGCAAGGGCAAGACCAGCCCCAUGACCGGCCAGCCCGUCCAGGUUGUUGCUGCCGGCGGUAUCUACAACGGCCAGAGUGUCGCCUCGGCGCUUAUGCUCGGCGCCAGCGCCGUCUGGGUUGGUACCCGUUUCAUCGUCACCGAUGAGGCUGGUGCGUCGCAGGCUCACCAGGACGCCGUCACCACCUCAGGCUUCGACGACAACGUCCGCACCAUCAUCUUCACCGGCCGCCCCAUGCGCGUCCGCAACAACCCAUACAUCACCAACUGGGAGGUGAACCGCGCACAGGAAAUCAAGGACCUGACCUCCAAGGGUAUAAUCCCCGUCGAGGAUGACUUCGAGAAGAUGGGUGACGAGAUUGAUGACGAGACUAUGGACAGCGCCCGCCCAUUCUUGAUGGGUAAGGCGGCUGCUGUUGUUAACGAGAAGAAGUCGGCAAAGGCUGUUGUGGACGAGCUCGUCGGUGAUGCCGUGAAGUGGCUCCAGAUCGGAAACAAGAUGAUUGCCAAGUUGUAGAUUAAGAGAGGGGAAUUGGGCGGUGGGGGUUGAAAAACAUUUAACACCUGUACAUGAUAUCUAGCAUUAUGAAUUUUAGCAAGAAAUACAUACAAUAUUUCAAG